UACUCUUCAAGACUCCAAGUCCCAUACAAAGCCAAACACCUAAAUAUUUUCUUUCUUUAAAUACCAAAACAAUCCCUCUCUCCUCCCCCCCCUCUCUCUCUCUCUCCCCCACCGCACUAAACACAAUUAACAUGGCAGACAGGGUAUACCCUUCUGCCAAACCACCCACCACCAAUACUACCGCCACACCAAUGACGGCCAACCCUGCUUUUCCCGCCACCAAAGCCCAGCUCUACGGCGCAUCCCGCCCCCCCUACCGCCCCCAACCCAACCACCGUCGCCACCGCCGGGGCUGCUGCUGCUCCUGCUGUCUCUGGACAACCUUCAUCAUCAUCGCGCUCCUCGUCCUAAUCGCCGUCGCCGGCGCCGUCCUCUACGUAAUCUACCGCCCCCACCGCCCUUCUUUCACCGUUUCCGGCCUCAAAGUCUCUUCCCUCAACCUCACCUCAUCAUCGAAACUAGUUUCCAACAUCAAUCUCAACAUCACAACACGAAACCCCAACAAAAAUCUCGUGUACAUCUACAAUCCGACAACAAUCUCUGUCACUACAGACGACGGAAUUGAUAUCGGCACCGGUUCAAUUCCUUCGUUCAAGCACGGCACGAAGAACAUAACCUUAUUGACUGCUUCAAUUACGAGUAAUACAAAUCAAGCACUCGAUGAUGCGUCUGCUAAGAAGUUGAGAUCGGAUUUGAAGACCAAGAGUGGUGUUCCGUUGAAGAUUAAGCUUGAGACCAAAGUGAAAGUGAAGAUUGGAGGAGUGAAGAGUCCGAAAGUAAGGAUUAGAGUAACUUGUGAUGGAAUCAAGGCUACUGCUCCGACUGGUAAAGCUGCAACCAUGGCUUCCACUUCUAAUGCUAAGUGUAAGGUCGAUUUGAGAUUCAAGAUCUGGAAAUGGACUUUCUGAGCUUUUACAAACCAAAAGGCAAAAACAGGGCUGUCAGCUGUGGAUGGUGGUGUUUUUUUCUUUAUUUAUUUAAUUUGGUGUUAUUAUUUUUCUUUAAAUAAUUUUUUUUGUUUCUUGGUUUUGAUAUAUGUGUUUGUAAAUGAUAAUGUUUUGUUAUUUUUAUAUAAUGUAGGGGACAAAAUUUAUUUGGCUAGGGUAAAAGGGUGUGUAUUUUUUUGCUCUCUUUUAAAUAUUACUCUUCUAAAUAACUUUGACAUUAUUUUAUUUUUU